AUGCCCGUAGAAGAGAUCGCACUGCAGCAUUACCUUGAUCAAUUCACCAUCACACGCGGCCCCAGCCCACUGCGUGCCCAGGAGCGACCCAAAAUCAUCGUUACGAGCGUUGUCUCCGUUGGCUUGGCCGCAUUGGCAGCUGCCCAUCGCGAUCCAAACUUGAUGCAGCUGGCUCGACGCAAGUAUGCAACGGCUCUUGGGCUUCUUGUGCGUGCCAUUCAUGAUCCUGGGCAGUCGCCCGCGGCGUACACGGCUACUUCUAGCUUUAACCUGUCGAUGUUUGAGAUGAUAAUAUACGACAAUCGGUCCGAUUCCUAUCAGUGGCUAAAGCAUAUCCAUGGAACAACGGCAGUUCUGUACUCUCAGGGGUUGGCGGAUAUGAAUAGCACGCAGAUGACAGCCGUGCUUCAGGUCUGCUACACUGUCGUAAGUCACGCACGAAUGACAUUCGCUUUGGUUCUCUAG